AGUGGGUCUUCGUGGGCCUGGUGAUCCUUUUCUUCCUCCUGGUGGGGAUCUGCUGGUGCCAGUGCUGCCCACACAGCUGCUGCUGUUAUGUCCGCUGCCCCUGCUGUCCUGAGUCCUGCUGCUGUCCCCGGGCGUUGUAUGUAGCAGGCAAGGCAGCAAAAGCUGGGUACCCUCCUGCAGUCUCUUCCAUGCCAGGUCCAUACUACAUCCCCAGUGUUCCUGUAGCUGGUGUCCCGCCUCCUGCUGUCCUGAUGGAUAAGUCGCACCCCCCUCCCUUAGCCCCAAGUGACUCUGGUGGAGGAAGCCAAAAUGUGCGCAAAGGGUACAGGAUCCAGGCUGACAAGGAGAGGGACUCCAUGAAGGUGCUGUACUAUGUUGAGAAAGAACUGGCUCAGUUUGACCCAGCCAGGAGGAUGCGAGAACGAUAUAACAACACCAUCUCUGAACUCAGCUCUUUGCAUGAAGAGGACUUGAACUUCCGGCAGCCCUACCGCCAGUCGCGAAGGAAACCUCUGCCUCCCGCGGGUGACCUGGAUGGUGAUGCUGAAUACUGGGCAGGAGUGAUCGGUGGGGGCAGCACGUCGAGGUCACAGGCUGUCUCUGAUUACAGAGAUGAGCGGGACAGUUUCCGGCACAGCCAGCAGAGAUCCAAGUCCGAGAUGUUGUCCCGCAAGAGUUUCUCUGUAGGAGUGCCGGCCGUCUCUAUGGACGAGCUGGCAGCCUUUGCAGAGUCCUACAGCCAGCGGACCCGGCGGGCAGACAGCCAGGAGACGCGGCGUUUCGAGCGGUCAGAGUCGCACGGCGGCCGUGGCGGGGGGCUGCCCCACCAGGAUAGCCCCCUGAAGGAGUACUACACCAAGCGUAGCAGAGGGAACCGAGAGCCGCUGACAGACUCGGAUCGGGGUUGGUCAUACAGUCCACCCCGGAGACGGGCCCAUGAGGAGAAGCACCUGCCCAGGCUGGUGAGCCGGACGCCCGGAGGGAGCCAGAAAUACGAUCACUCCUACCUCAGCAGCGUCUUGGAGAGGAAAUCCCGGAGCUACGAUGAGAGCGGUGACUGUAGUGAAACCCCCUCAAAGCUGAGCUCGCAGCCCAGCCAGAGAGGAGGGGGUACAUACUAUGCCUGGUCACCACCCUCUACCUACAAAGCUGAGAAGUCGCAGCAGCAGCCGCAGCAGCCGCCACCACCACCUCAGCAGGAGGAUGGGGAGGACACCCUGCCCCCGUACAGCGAGAGGGAGCUGAGCCGAGGCCCUUCUUACAGGGCCAGGGAGCAGGCCUACCUCAACGCCUCUGACAAGAAGAGGAAAAAGGACCCCAAGAAAACAAACGAUUUCCCAACGAGGAUGUCCCUUGUGGUUUGA